GCAACUUAAUGUCACAUGACACCCUGUUGUCCUAGCAACCCACUGUUGAGAUUGUCUUGGAGCUAGGUGUUCUUUGGGCUGAAGCAUCUUCUUCAUGUGGCUUGCCCUGGGCACUUUUUGUUCUUGGGAUAGCCAUGCCCUGGCCCUGCAUGUGUGGUCAAUUUCCAACUUCAACUCUGGAUUCUACAGUGCUGUGGUUGCUUGUUGGCUAACCAUACAUGAGCCAGAUUCUUCGGGAGACAGUGUGGCAGUUCCUUACAGAGCUAAAAACACUUCUGCAGCCCAGCACUGCCCAGAGGUAUGUGCCAAAGUGAUUAAAAAGUUGUCAGGAUAAAAACCUGGGAACACUUGUGGCCAUUUUAUGCAUAAUCACCCCAAACUGGAAGCAACUGAGAUCUCCCAGCAGGAUCCUUCAAACCAGAAAUGCGGCGGGAGGAAGAAGACGGUGUCGUUCAGCAGCAUGCCCUCAGAGAAGAAGAUCAGCAGCGCCCAGGACUGCAUCAGCUUCAUGCAGGCCGGCUGCGAGCUGAAGAAGGUGCGGCCCAACGCACGCAUCUACAACCGCUUCUUCACCCUGGACCCCGACCUCCAGGCGCUCCGCUGGGAGCCCUCCAAGAAGGACCAGGAGAAGGCCAAGCUGGACAUCGCGGCCAUCAAGGAGAUCCGGCUGGGGAAGAACACAGAAACGUUCAGGAGCAAUGGGCUCGCUGACCAGAUCUGCGAGGACUGCGCCUUCUCCAUCCUCCACGGGGAAAACUAUGAGUCUCUGGACCUGGUGGCCAACUCCGCGGAUGUUGCCAACAUCUGGGUGUCUGGACUUCGGUACCUGGUGUCUCGCAGUAAACAGCCCCUGGACUGCAUGGAGGGCAGCCAGGACACCCCGCGGUUCUUGUGGUUGAAGACAAUGUUCGAAGCUGCAGAUGUCGACGGGAAUGGGAUCAUGUUGGAAGACACAGCUGUCGAGUUAAUAAAGCAACUCGACCCUACCCUGAAGGAAUCCAAGAUCAGGUUAAAGUUUAAAGAAAUCCAGAAGAGCAAAGAAAAACUAACCACCCGAGUGACCGAAGAGGAGUUCUGCGAAGCUUUUUGUGAACUUUGUACUCGGCCAGAAGUGUACUUCUUACUUGUACAGAUAUCGAAAAACAAGGAGUACUUGGACGCCGAUGACCUCAUGCUGUUUCUGGAGGCGGAGCAGGGAGUCGGCCACAUCACGGAGGAGACGUGCUUGGACAUCAUCAGGAGGUUCGAGCUCUCUGAGGAAGGGCGUCAGAAGGGGUUUCUUGCCAUCGAUGGCUUUACUCAGUACUUACUGUCGCCAGAAUGUGACAUUUUUGAUCCUGAGCAAAAGAAGGUGGCCCAAGACAUGGGCCAGCCCUUGUCACACUACUACAUCAGCGCCUCCCAUAACACCUACCUAACGGAAGACCAGUUCCGGGGCCCAGCUGACGUCAGCGGCUACGUCAGAGCUUUGAAGAUGGGCUGUCGGAGCGUGGAACUGGAUGUGAGCGAUGGUCCAGAUAAUGAGCCAAUCCUUUGCAAUCGGAAUAACAUGAGCACGCCCCUGUCCUUUCAGAGCGUCCUGGAGGUGAUUCAUAAGUUUGCCUUCGUUGCUUCCGAGUACCCACUCAUCCUCUGCCUGGGGAACCACUGCUCCCUGUCCCAGCAGAAGGUUAUGGCCCAACACAUGGAGAAAGUCUUCGGCGAUCAGCUCUACACAGAAGCCCCCUUGCUGUCCGAAUCCUACCUCCCGUCACCAGAGAAGUUGAAAAGGAAGAUCAUCGUGAAAGGAAAGAAACUGCCCUCCGAUUCCGACGCGCUGGAAGGAGAAGUCACAGAUGAAGAUGAGGAAGCCGACAUGUCUCGCAGGAUGUCUGUCGAUGACAGCGGUGAGCAGAAACAGAUACAACUCUGUCGCGAGCUGUCCGAUUUGGUAUCCAUUUGUAAAUCCGUUCAGUGCAGGGAUUUUGAACUGUCCAUGAAAAGCCAGAACUAUUGGGAAAUUUGUUCGUUUAGUGAGACAGAGGCCAGCCGGAUUGCGAAUGAAUACCCAGAGGACUUUGUCAAUUAUAACAAGAAGUUUUUAUCAAGGGUCUACCCAAGUGCCAUGCGGAUCGAUUCCAGUAAUUUGAACCCGCAGGACUUUUGGAACUGUGGCUGCCAGAUCGUGGCGAUGAAUUUCCAGACUCCGGGUCCGAUGAUGGACCUGCACACGGGCUGGUUCCUGCAGAACGGGGGCUGUGGCUACGUCCUGCGGCCAUCCGUCAUGCGAGAUGAGAUUUCUUACUUCAGCGCCAACACAAAGGGUGUCGUGCCUGGCGUGUCCCCUCUGGCCCUGCACAUCAAGAUCAUCAGCGGCCAGAAUUUCCCAAAGCCCAAGGGGGCGUGUGCCAAAGGGGAUGUCAUCGACCCCUACGUUUGCGUGGAAAUACACGGGAUCCCGGCCGACUGCGCGGAGCAAAGAACUAAAACUGUACAGCAAAACAGUGAUAACCCCAUUUUUGAUGAGACUUUUGAGUUCCAAGUGAACCUUCCCGAGCUGGCCAUGAUCCGCUUUGUGGUUCUGGAUGAUGACUACAUCGGGGACGAGUUUAUCGGGCAGUACACCAUCCCGUUCGAAUGCCUGCAGCCCGGAUACCGGCACGUCCCCCUGCGCUCAUUUGUGGGCGACGUCAUGGAGCAUGUGACCCUGUUUGUCCACAUAGCGAUAACGAACCGGAGCGGCGGAGGGAAGGGGCAGAAGCGCAGCCUGUCGGUGAGGAUGGGAAAGAAAGUCCGGGAGUACACCAUGCUCAGGAACAUCGGUCUCAAAACCAUCGACGACGUCUUCAAAGUAGCGGUGCAUCCCUUACGAGAAGCCAUAGAGAUGAGAGAGAACAUGCAGAAUGCCAUCGUGUCUGUGAAGGAGCUGUGCGGGCUGCCGCCCAUCGCCAGCCUGAAGCAGUGCCUGCUCACGCUGUCCUCCAGGCUCAUCACCGGCGACAACAGCCCCUCCGUCUCACUGGUGAUGAGAGACACCUUCCCAUACCUGGAGCCUCUGGGCACCAUUCCGGACGUGCAGAAGAGGAUGCUGGCUGCUUACGACCUGAUGAUUCAAGAGAGCCGGUUUCUCAUAGAGAUGGCAGACGGAGUUCAGGAAAAGAUUGUCCAGUGUCAGAAAGCAGGGAUGGGCUUCCACGAAGAGCUGCACAACCUGGCGGCGAAGGAGGGCUUGAAAGGGAGGAAACUCAACAAGGCGGCCGAGAGCUUCGCUUGGAACAUCACGGUGCUGAAGAGAGACUGGCUUCUGUGUGCUGAGCAGGUACCAUCUGGCGGUCAGCACGGGUGCCACGUCUCAGAGCAGGGACAGGGAGACCUGCUGAAGAGCGCCAAGAAUGAGGCCCUGGAGAACAUGAAGCAGGUGCAGCUGGCCUGCCUGGCCUGCGGGCUGAGCAGGGCGCCCGGCGGCGGGGCCGAGCCCAAGGGCAAGCGCAGCCUGGAGGCCAUCGCGGAGAAGGAGGGCAGCGAGGACGGCGGGCGCCCCUGACCGCCCACCACACCGCUCUCUGCACGUUGCCGGGAUUCACGCGAGGCGUGGGACAGCAGGGCGCUUUCACCGUGUCAGUAUUUCAGUGUAGCUAUUUAUCUACGUCCAAGCCUACGGGAGCAGCGUUUUAAACCCUGAGCUGUGCGCUCACCCCAGUGUGUGUGUGAGAGAGAGACAGUACCUAAACCCAUUCCGUGUUGCAUUACUCAUAGUGUUCAUUUAGUAAAUUAUUCUUUUGUCCUUAUCGUCAUUUUGGAACACAGUGCCCAUCUGAAAUUCUAACCAGCACAUCCCGCCGUAACCAGGCGCUGUGCUGUGUUUCACGUCUCUGCCUCUGUCGUCACUUUGGAGACUUAGCUAGCUUAGCAUUGAAGAAAGCCAAACUGCCAAAGCGUAGGUGUUUUGAUAGAUUAAGUAUAGAUUAAACAUUCUUAAGAAUCACAGUAGCAAUUUUAAAAAACAAAAGAUUAAACAAAUGUUCAGAAGUACUGGAAAGAUUAACAGAGUUGUUUAGCAAACUCUUUAACAUGUUCAAUAAAAUCAAUGUGUAGGAAGUUUCCUGUAGUCAUUUACUGAACAUGCAACUCCAGCGGUCAUAAGUGACUUUAUAAGUGACUGGUGAGUGCUCAGAAACACUCGGAAAGUGCGACACUAGCAGGGUUUUGAUGUGAUAGUGACAUUCUGCGGUGGAGCUUCAGGAUUUGUAGGAAGGUUUCAUUUCUCCCAGGUGGGAGUCCUGUACUGAUUUCCUACAGUGGACACCGACACCCGGGGGUCUUGGCUUUGAUGCAGGUUGAUGCAGGCAGUGGUUACCUCUAAGCUCGCUCAGACAGUGCUGUGUUGUCAGUAUCAUCACAGAAAACCGGUAUAGAUUCUGUGGUCCAUUAACAUCUUCGUGAUGUUUUCAAAACCGAAUACGAAACAUCUGUAAUUAUAACACAUACAGAAAUCCACAUGCAAAAAGGCACAAGCGACUAAUUAGGGUACAUAUAGAAUUCCAUCUAGAUCGCUUUUACCCUAAUGUCUUGAUGAAGUAUUGGAGUAGAAUCACCUCCAACAGAACUAAAUGUUCUAUGGUUAUAAAAGAAUGUAUUUAUUUACAACAUUGCUUUUAUUUUGAAAAGCUUCUUAAUUAAUUUGAUUAACAAAUAUGCUAAUUGGGGGGAGUCUAGAGAAGAUUAUUGUUGAAAUUUUGCAAAUAUAAACCUCUUAUUUGGAUACUGUGUUGUUUCUGCCUUCUUAACACUAUUAUGUUCAUGUUUGCACAUUACCGAGAGAGUAAAGAUAGUGAAAAGCA